AUGGCGGUGAGAGCGGCAGUGCUGGCGUGCGCGAUCUCUGCAGCCUCUUGCUUCCAUGCGCCAGUGGUUUUGAGUGGAUCCUCCCUCAAGUCCAACGCUCUGCUCAGAUCUCCGAUGGUCACGGCAGUGGGGAGAAGAAGCACAUUCUGUGCUCCUCGGAUGAGCGACAUGAGCGACAUGACCAUUGAGAUGUUGAAGCGUGUCGAAAAGACCUUGGGAGAGCUUCCAGAGACCGAACUCAUUCGGACAGUUUGCGCAAAGGUUGCUGCGAAAGUGGCAACAUUGAGAACAGGAUCCAAGUCUUCAGCAACUGCUACUGCAGCAACCCAGACGCAGAUCUUCGACAGUGAUGAAGAUAGUGACAAGUACUAUGGAAUCGGAGAAUCUUCUUCAAAGGAUUUGGAAGAUAGUCUUCCAACCUUGGAACAACGAAGGGCCGCAAGGCCCACGCAAGCUAGUCUGCCGAAAACUCAAGCAGCACCAUCACCACCACCAGCACCAGCAGCUUCAACACCUACUCCUGUCAAACGCGCCGGGUCCACCGAAGCAACUUCAGGAAGCAGGUCUAAGUACCUUGACAUUAAGCCUAUUGACAACGUUAAGACUGCAACUGACGAGUCAGUUGUCGAUGAUGAUGAAUGGACAAAGGAGUAUGUCAAGACCUUCGGAAGCAAACCAAAUCUUGAUCCCCUCAUUGAUGAUGAGACCCCAAGGCCACCUCCAAGGGCAGGAGAAAUUGAUGGAUUUGCAAAGAUCAGACUGGUGCAAGCAAAUGCCAAGUCUUAUCCGACACCUCAGGACUACAUGGAUGCUUUGAACGCUGCGAUCUUCGAGUGGAAAGCAGAGCGUUCAAAAAGAGGGGAGCUGGCAGGAGCCGUUGUCUCGGAUCGUUACAUUGACCAACUCAAUUCGGUGAAGGGAGGUUCAAGUGCAAUGCUGGAUAGCGUUUCUGCAAGAAAGUUCACGCUUGAUAGCAUGCUCGUCGAGGAGAAAGGGGUCGAUUCCAACGGCAACGAGCGGGGAGUUCUUGUGGACGCUCCUGGAAGCAUGGGAAUGGCAGGAGUGCAAGUUGGCGAUGCCCUCUUGGAAGUCAAUGGUGCUGAAGUCCAAAGCUAUGCCGAUUUGAGGACCGCCAUGUCGAAAAUCCAUUCGACCGGCGAACUGUCUGCUGAGGUUGUCAUACAGAGACAGGGCAAGCCAACACCAGAAAGGAUUCGGAAUCUCAAAUUGUGCAUCACUGAGCUUAAGUGA